AUGAAGGAGGUACUUGUUGAUGAGACACCCAAAUGUAUUAAAGGGUUAGAGUUUGGGGCGCUAUCAGCCAAGGAGAUCAUUGCACAGUCAGAAGUUGAAGUGAAGACCAGAGAUCUUUAUGACUUGGAGCGAGGGAGAACAGCGAAGGAAUAUGGAGCAUUAGAUCCUAGAAUGGGCAUAAGUUCUAACAGCAAUGAGUGUUCUACAUGUCAUGGGAAUCUAGCGACCUGCCAUGGUCAUUUUGGUCAUAUCAAGCUUGCUCUCCCUGUGUUCCACGUAGGAUUCUUUAAGGCUAUUAUUCAAGUUUUACAAAGUAUCUGUAAGAACUGUGGAUCCAUCUUGCUUGAUGAGCAAACCAAGCGUCAAUUUUUGAGUGAGCUUAGAAAGCCUCAUCUUGAUAACGUGAGGAGAAUGAGAAUAUUGAGGAGAAUCUUAGAUCAAUGCAAGAAACAGAGAAGAUGCUUCAAAUGCAAACAUAUUAACGGUGUUGUUAAAAGAGCAGCAAGCGGUGCAGGUCCUGCAGCAUUGAAGAUCGUUCAUGAUACUUUUCGAUGGAUCGGUAAGAAACCAACUCCUGAGAAGGAAUUUUGGGACAAAGAGUUCGAUGAAGUUUUUUCUAGAAACCCUGAAUUGGAAAAGUAUAUCAAAAGAAUCUACGACGAUCUCAACCCUCUCAAGGUUUUAUAUUUGUUCAAACAGAUCACUCCCUCAGAUUGUGAAUUAGUAGGUAUUGAUUCCGCGAGGGGUGGCAGGCCCGAGACCUACAUUUGGAGGUAUUUACCAGCUCCUCCCGUUUGCAUAAGACCAUCUGUGAUGAUGGAUGCGCAAUCUAAUGAAGAUGACAUUACGGUGAAGCUUACUGAGAUUGUCUGGACUUCGUCUUUGAUCAAAGUCGGAAUAGAGAAAGGCAUUUCAAUUAAUAACUUGAUGGAGCAGUGGGAUUACUUACAAUUAUCAGUUGCUAUGUAUAUUAAUUCAGAUGCAGCAAAUCCUGCACUCUUGCCUUCUUCUGGAGGUAAUUCCAAGAACUCUAAACCAAUUAGGGGCUUCUGUCAAAGAUUGAAAGGUAAACAAGGUCGUUUCAGAGGUAAUUUAUCGGGUAAGAGAGUUGAUUUUUCAGCUAGAACAGUUAUUUCACCUGAUCCUAAUUUGAAGAUCGACGAAGUCGCUGUCCCAGAUAGAGUAGCUAAAAUAUUGACAUACCCUGAAAAGUGUACGAGAUAUAACAGGAAAAAAUUGCAGAAAUUAAUCCUCAAUGGUCCAAAAGUACAUCCAGGUGCAAAUUAUGUCAUGAAGCAAAACGAAUCAGCGAAAAGAAAUUUAAGAUUCGGUGACAGAGUUAAAUUGGCCAAAAAUUUGCAUAUUGGUGAUGUUGUUGAGCGUCAUAUUGAAGACAAUGACAUCGUUUUAUUUAACAGGCAGCCAUCGUUACAUAGGCUAUCUAUUUUGUCUCACUACGCGAAGAUUAAACCUUGGAGAACGUUCAGGUUGAACGAAUGCGUUUGUACACCUUAUAAUGCGGACUUCGAUGGGGAUGAAAUGAAUUUACAUGUCCCUCAAACUGAAGAAGCAAGAGCAGAAGCAAUAAAUUUGAUGGGUGUAAAAAAUAAUCUUUUAACUCCCAAAUCUGGUGAACCUAUAAUUGCAGCAACACAGGAUUUUUUGACAGGAUCGUAUUUAAUCUCUCAUAAGGACUCAUUCUUUGACAGGGCUUCUUUGGUGCAGAUGCUAAGUAUGAUGUCAGAUGCAAAUACUCAUUUUGAUUUGCCUCCUCCUGCGAUAUUCAAACCCGUUAUGCUCUGGACUGGUAAGCAGGUUUUCUCAUUAUUAAUUAGACCAAGCAAACAGUCUAAUAUUGUUAUUAAUUUGGAUGCGAAAAAUAAGACAUUCACCCCUCCAUUGACAGGAUUUCCAAGUGAGAUGUCUCCAAAUGACGGUUAUGUGAUUAUCAGAGGCUCAAAUAUCUUGAGUGGUGUUAUGGAUAAAGCAGUGUUAGGAGAUGGUAAAAAGAAUUCAAUUUUCUAUACGAUAUUGAGAGACUAUGGUCCCGAUGCUGCAGCAAAUGCAAUGAACAGAAUGGCAAAAUUAUGCGCAAGAUAUUUAGGUGACAGAGGGUUCUCUAUAGGUAUCAAUGAUGUUACACCCGGUUAUGACUUGAAGAGAAAGAAAGAGUUAAUGGUAGAGCAGGCAUAUUUAAAGUGUGAUGAGUUGAUCGAUUUAUAUAAUAGGGGUAAACUAGAAACCCAGGCUGGUUGUAAUGAAGAACAGACCUUAGAAGCAAAAAUUGGAGGUUUAUUGUCCAAAGUUAGAGAAGAGGUCGGAGAAGUUUGUAUCAAGGAACUAGAUUCAUUAAAUGCACCAUUGAUCAUGGCAACCUGUGGGUCGAAGGGAUCAACAUUAAAUGUGUCGCAGAUGGUUGCUUUGGUUGGUCAACAAAUUAUAUCAGGGAAUCGUGUUCCUGAUGGUUUCCAAGAUAGAUCAUUGCCUCAUUUUCCUAAGAAUUCCAAGACACCGCAAUCAAAAGGUUUCGUCAGGAAUUCAUUUUUUAGUGGUUUAACUCCAACUGAGUUUUUGUUUCAUGCCAUCUCUGGUAGAGAAGGUUUGGUGGAUACCGCUGUUAAGACCGCAGAGACUGGUUAUAUGUCAAGAAGAUUGAUGAAAUCUUUAGAGGAUUUGUCAUCUCAGUAUGAUCAAACAGUUCGUAAUUCAUCUAAUGGAAUUGUCCAGUUUACGUAUGGUGGUGAUGGUUUGGAUCCUUAUGACAUGGAAGGUGAUGCGAGACCUGUCAAUUUUGUUCAUCAAUGGGACCAUGCAUUGAAUAUAACUUUCGAUAUCAAUGAAAUUGGAUUAUUGCCAUACCAAGUGAUUGAGCUAGUCGACUCUGUUUUGAAACCUCUCGAGGAAAAGUUGGUUAGAUAUGACAAUUCAGGAAAUUUGUUAACAAUAGAAAAAUCAUCCGAAAUUGAAUAUAUAGACCAAAAUGAUUCAGAACGAGAGUUUUAUGCUUCUAUCAGAGAUUUCACAACCAAAAAGGCCCAAAAGUUAGCUGAAAUAAGAGAAAAGGUAAGCAUGAAGGCAUAUUUCAGACCUCCGUACGAAGAUGAAAUACUUGAGGAUGACGACGAAACCCGUCUUAAUACUGCAAAUCAAUUAUUAAAAAUAUCUAAGAAGUUGAUAAUUAAAUUUUUGGAGCAGUGUAUUUAUAAGUACGCAAGGGCUAAAGUUGAACCUGGUACUGCAGUUGGGGCUAUUGGCGCUCAAUCAAUUGGUGAGCCGGGUACUCAAAUGACUUUGAAAACAUUCCAUUUUGCAGGAGUUGCAUCUAUGAACGUUACUUUAGGUGUGCCUCGUAUUAAAGAAAUUAUCAACGCCUCCAAGACCAUUUCAACACCAAUCAUCAACUCUGUGCUUGUGAAUGACGAUGAUGAAAUCGCAGCAAGAGUUGUUAAAGGUAGGAUUGAAAAAACUUUGCUAGAGGAUGUUGCAUACUUCAUUGAUGACGUCUAUAAGAAUGAUAUGGCGUACUUGUCGGUAAAAAUCGAUCUUGAAACAAUCGAGAAAUUGCAAUUGGAAUUGACAGUUGACAAUAUAGCUCAAGCGAUAGUUGAUGCUCCAAAACUUAAAAUUCAAUCAUCAGACAUUUCAAUUACAACCGACAACAGGAUCAAUAUAUUAGUUUCUCAUAUUGAUUCCAAGAAUGAUGAUUCUCUUCUUAAUAAAGCUAACGAUUCUUCAUUGUUUUUUAAGAUGCAACAUUUAAAGAGGUCAUUACCUGGUGUUUGUAUCAAAGGACUCCCUAAUAUAUCCCGUGCAGUAAUUAAUAUUAAUGAUAAGAACAAGCGUGAGUUGUUAGUAGAGGGUUAUGGUCUUAAAGAUGUUAUGUCAACGGAUGGUGUUGUUGGCACCAAAACUUUUACCAACCACGUACUUGAAAUAUUUGAAGUUUUGGGAAUUGAAGCUGCACGAUCAUCUAUCAUCAGAGAGAUAGAUUAUACUAUGAGUAACCAUGGUAUGAGUGUCGAUCCUCGUCAUAUUCAAUUGUUAGGUGACGUUAUGACCUACAAAGGAGAAGUUCUCGGUAUCACGAGAUUUGGUUUAAGCAAGAUGAGAGAUUCAGUCCUCCAAUUAGCAUCAUUUGAGAAAACAACUGAUCAUUUAUUUGAUGCUGCAUUCUAUAUGAAGAGUGAUAAGAUCGAAGGUGUUUCCGAGUGUAUUAUCUUGGGACAGACCAUGAACGUAGGGACUGGUGCGUUUAAGUUAGUCAAGUCAUCGAAUUUUACUGCAGAUGACAUCAAACCAAAACCAGUAUUAUUUGAAGCAUUGUGUACAUAA